AUCAUGAUGACAUUCGACUAGGUUUGCUUUCCGAGCUUGAUGAACCUCCAGAUUGUCCUGUAGGCACGAUGUAUGUCGACUACGAUUCCACAACGAAUGAGUGGAUCUGUCAUGGUGCAUAUCGCGCAGCACCAGAAGAUGUUGAGCCAUACCAUUCCUACCAGCAGAACAAGGAUGUACUAGCGGUAAAGCCAGCUGUUAUACAAGAAUCUGGUGAAGAAGAAUCUUGAGAUAGCUUUCCCUAUCACGACGCGAGAAUGUUGAUCAGCAUUCAAGAACGAGAACAUCGUCACACGGAUAGAGGUUUGCUAAAUUUAAGAAGUCCUGAGGUGUGUGUGGUACGGAACCGGCAUUGAAUGCUGAUUAUAAUGAUGAAUAUCACUGCCAACCACAACUCACAAUUACAAGAACUAGUACUCAUGAACAAUUUUUAGAAACAUCAUACAUGGACUCAGUCUUUGUUUGCUUGUAUGUUUCGAAGCGCUCCAGGAACAAACGCAUAACUACAAUCAUCCCGGCCUUUGUCAGUUAUCUUUUCGUUUUCCAGAAUGUUUCUCUCUCUUAUUUAAUUUUGUGGCUAUGGUUUACUGGCGUGGGCAGGGUGGCAUCUAUGUCCUCCUCGUCCGCAUAUGGUGUACGCGGUGUACUACGAGCCGCUAGUGUGGUUUUCUUGUUUCGUAUUCACACUAACAGAAUGUUGACAGCCGCAUCUUCUCACUCGAGCUCGACUUCUCUUUUCUUUUCUUUUUCUCUUUGUUCUCCUCGAACACUGACCACGUCAACCCUUCUUGCAUUUGAUGAAUGAAACAUUUUUUUACAUCAAAUAACGACGACGAGGCUUUCG